CAUCCAGAAGCCAACAAUAUAUAUGUGGCUUCUGGCACUCAUCAUCCUGCACUCUUCACCUCAACAAUGUUUACUGAACCAAUCUACUGGAUACACAGUCCAGCAUCACAACUUUUUACAAAAGGCCAACUAGAAUGUCAGUUUCGAUUCCAGAAUACAGCAUCUCUGGUCCCUUGUGUUAUAACUACACACACUCAUAAUCCAUGGCACCAUUCCCCAACACAAAAUAACAUGGUGGUGAGCUUAGCAACUCCUCUCCGUGCAAUCACACCAGGACAGUAUGCAGUUUUCUACAUUGGUGAUGAGUGUAUAGGGUCUGCCCGAAUUAUACGCCCUGGACCUUCACUGUACGCACUAAAUGUAGGUGAAUGUAGAACUCGUAUUUUAAAGGAAAGGUUGAGACAGCCACCUCCGUCUGGCAAAGAAAGAAUUCCAGGUAAACGUGCCCCUAAGCAAGAAGCUACAAAAGAUUAAAGAAUUCAUUUACACUAAUGUGGUACACAUCCUUGGUUGUGCAAAAAACGGGUAAAAUUCAUAAUACGUACAGGCACUGUAGUGUUUUUCUAAGGAAUAUCUGAAUGAAAAUUGUUUGAUUACCCAAUAUUACAGUAUUGCCAAAGUUAAAGUAAAUAUUGUCGAUACUUAUAACUGUACUGUACGGUGGUCCCACGGUUAACGAACACAAUUCAUUCCAGAAGGUCGUUCGUUAACCGAAACCAUUGUUUCAAUGGGAUUUUGG